UUGCAGCACUUGCUCUUUAACCUUUUCCACAUAAUAGACAUGAUACACACUUUCUCUCAAACACACACACUUUCCUGUUGCUCCUCUGCACAAAAUUAUCAGAUUUCCUUUUUAACCUGACUCAGUAUGGUACUGGGGCCAUAUCAACAGGCUGCAUUAUCAGUGAGACUGCAGCAGAAACCAGACACACAAGAGACUAUUUGCCCAAGUGAAUAAAGAAAACCCUCCCUAGGCCAGGAUGUUGUUUUUGGCCACGUCAGGCCAAAUUGGAGCCCGACGAAUUGUGACUGUGACUCGAGGGAGAUUUUUGAGGGAUGGCAGGUACCCAUUUACCUGUUUGCCAGAAUUACUCCCCAGGACCAGAAACACGGGCCAGUCCCAUUCCUGUUCCUUCUCCAACCACUACAGAUGCUUUAGUGCCACCUCUGCUCAUUGGAAUGCUUCAUCAUCACCUACAGCCAAUCAGAAGACGCCGUCCUACAGUUAUAUCAUUAUUGGGGCAGGGUCAGCGGGCUGCGUCCUUGCCAACCGUCUCAGCGAGGAUUCCCAUGAGUCUGUGCUGCAGCUGGAGGCCGGGCCUAAGGACAUGACGCUAGGCAACUUACGACUCUCAUGGAAGAUCCACAUGCCGGCUGCGCUGACCUACAACCUCUGUGAUGACAAGUAUAACUGGUACUACCACACAUUACCUCAGGCCCACAUGGACAACCGGGUAAUGUACUGGCCAAGGGGCCGUGUCUGGGGCGGGUCCUCUUCACUCAACGCCAUGGUGUACAUUCGUGGACAUGCUGAGGACUACAACCGCUGGCAGAGAGAGGGGGCAGAGGGCUGGGACUACGAUCACUGCCUGCCUUACUUCAGGAAAGCUCAGUGCCAUGAGCUGGGAGAAAACAGGUACCGGGGAGGCAGCGGACCUCUUCAUGUGUCCAGAGGGAAGACCAACCAUCCCCUUCACAAAGCUUUUAUUGAGGCAGGGCAGCAGGCGGGAUAUCCCUUCACUGAUGACAUGAACGGACAUCAACAGGAGGGCUUGGGCUGGAUGGACAUGACCAUUUAUAAAGGAAAGAGGUGGAGCACAGCCAGUGCCUACCUGAGACCUGUCCUGGGUCGACCCAACCUGAAGACAGAGGUGCGCUGCCUGACUACCAAGAUCCUGUUUGAUGGCAACCGCGCUGUGGGUGUGGAAUACACACAGAAAGGACAAAAGAAACGGGCGUUUGCAGAAAAAGAGGUGAUAUUAAGUGGCGGAGCCAUCAACUCCCCUCAGCUUCUCAUGCUGUCUGGGGUAGGAAAAGCUGAUGACCUGAAACAACUCGGCAUCCCUGUAGUUCAGCACUUACCAGGUGUUGGCAGUAACCUGCAGGAUCAUUUGGAGCUGUACGUCCAGCAGCAGUGCACUCAGCCCAUCACCCUGUACAAGGCCCAGAAACCUUUCCACAUGGUCAAGAUAGGCCUGGAGUGGCUCACAAUGUUCACCGGUUACGGAGCAACAGCCCACUUGGAGAGUGGAGGGUUCAUUCGCAGUCGGCCACAUGUCACACAUCCCGACAUUCAGUUUCACUUCCUGCCCUCGCAGGUUAUCGACCACGGACGAGUUGCUUCCAAGAUUGAGGCAUAUCAGGUUCAUGUUGGACCAAUGAGAAGCACCAGUAUCGGCUGGAUGAAGCUGAAGAGCGCCAACCCUUUGGAUCACCCAAUUCUCCAGCCAAACUAUCUCUCCACUGAUAUUGACGUGUGGGAGUUCAGGGAGUGUGUCAAACUCUCCAGAGAGAUAUUUGCCCAGAAGGCCUUCGACCCGUUCCGUGGUCCCGAAGUUCAGCCCGGUCCUCAGGUCCAAUCCGACGCCGACAUCGACGCUUUUGUCCGGCGAAAAGCUGACAGUGCCUACCACCCGUCCUGCACCUGCAAGAUGGGCUCGCCAUCCGACCCGAUGGCGGUCGUUGACUCGAACACGCGUGUUCUGGGUCUGGAGCGCUUGCGCGUGGUCGACGCCUCCAUCAUGCCCAGCGUUGUCAGCGGCAACCUGAAUGCUCCCACCAUCAUGAUUGCAGAGAAGGCUGCUGACAUCAUCAGAGGUCGCCCUCCUCUCGUCGACGCCGGGGUUCCCGUGUACCAACCGCCAACACUUGAUACGCAGAGAUGAACUGAGAGAACGAGUAAAGGGUAAACAGUUCACCACAUAUUCCAUCAUUAGACAACAACAGCAGUGAAGAGGUUCUGAUGAAUGAAUAAUGUGUGUGUUGUCUCUUCAACGCACCUGAUUUGCACAUAAAAGCUAAUAUCAGUGUUAGAUGUUUAGGUUUACUGUAAAUAUGAAGGGCUAUCUAUGCUAUCGUAAUCCAAGGCCAAAUAUAGGGUUUACACGUAAAAUGUAGGAUUAGGAAAGUCUCUGUCACUUCAUUAUUUUUUCAGUGAUGGUUUUUGGUCUAAUUUUCCAUUCCAAAUUACACGUCUUUACUAAUCUUCACCACAAAAUGACCAGUUGUAAAUCAGCUAGUCAUGCCGUGUUACCUUGAAUUCAUGAAGAAAAUGUUUUUCUCGCAUGCCUCCACAGAAAGCGGCGAACAUAUUGAUUUGAGGAUUGAUUGGGGACUAAAUUUAAAAUGUGUUCGUAUACUGAAUAUACUGCACAAGUUGCGAGAGAGUUUGUAAGUGGCAGUCUAAACAAUGUUUUCUUCAUGAAUUCAAGGUAAGACCACAUGACUGAUUGAUAUACACGUUUAUUUUGUGGGUGCAGUAUUCCUGUAAAGCUAAUGUGAUGAACACUUCCCCUGCAUCAUUGCUCUGAUGUAGAAAAUGUCAGCUGUGUGCUGGUGCUCCACUAUGGUCCAACAUAGUUGCUAGGAAAAAUGCUGCGCAAUUACAGUAUAUAUAUAUUUGCCUGGCCUCACCUUGUUGACCAAGGACAAUACAUCAACUCUGACAUGUUGGCAUAUGUGUCUUAGAAAGUACACAUCUUCAUAAGCCUUAUAAAAAUGAAAGCAAAGCCUUAAACCCUCCUUCCCAUUAAACUAACAGUGGUUAGAUUACAUUUCAUACCCACUCUGAGGUGAACCAUGGCAAGGUUUCAGAUUAGAUUCCACAGCACAUUAACCAUUACAAAAUGGGUCUUUAGUUUCACAAUGGAAAGUUUUUUUAUGCCUGUCACAACACAACGAAUGGGACAAGUAUUGACUUGGAAAGUAUGUUUUUUUAAUCCCGCUUUGUUCUCGUCAGCCAUCAUAGGCUGUCCAUCAAAUUUAGUUCACAGCUGCAGUCGAGAGCCAAAGUCUUACGAAAGUGAUCAUUACUCUUGUUGUCUGUUUAUCAGCAACCUGCAGACUGUUUACCUAAACAGCCUCAGCAGCGUCUGUUGUUUUGUCUGUGAGAUCAGUUGUUAUGAAAGACUUACAGUAAGUAUUUACAGGUUUUUGGCAAUAGGGGAAUGCCACAACCCAGACAUUUUCAAGAAGGUGGGGAGGGAGACUGCA